AUGGCUUCAAUAUCCACACCUACGCAGUUAGCGACAUUCUCCCAGCCUCAUGCGUCCAGCUCGAAAACACCUCAUGUGACGCUCAGUCCCGUCGUGGGAGAUUCCAAAUGUGCUGUAGCGGCCGUUCGAGGUGAUGGGAUAUGGACUUAUGACCUCAACACACUCAGACCGACCACUUCAUUCACCGUCUCUCCCUCUACGGUAUUUUCAUCUUCACCCAUAAGCUACUGGUCAACGCGGACAGAAAAAGUCCCGAGAGAUACUUCAGAGCAGAAUGUAGUCGAGGAUGACAUGGAUGCUGAUGUUGAUGAAGAUGAAGAUGAGUCAGACGAGCAGUACGAAAAGGAGGACACUGUCGAAGUCAAAGAGAGGAUAACGCUGGUUGGGGUCGGUAAAGAAAUUUGGAAAUGGGUUGGAGAAGAAGGUGAUAAGGAGGUCAUAGAGAUCGCCAAAUCGAUACAAUCGAUACAUUAUCUACCCUCUAGCCGAUACCCAAUUUUAGUGAUUACCACCAAUCCGACCGACCUAUAUCUAUUGAACAACAAAUUCACCCCCAACCAUCUUACACUCUCACUUUCCUCGACCGAUAUUCUCACUUCCAAGGUGUUGAUUGCAAAAGACAAUUCCGCGAGAUUGGCACUGGUCGAUACAACAGGGAAAAUCUCGGUAUUCCAACUUACACUGGAAGAUAGCCCUCGAGUGAACAGAGUCACGGAAGGGAAGAUUGGAGGAGAGGCAAAGUUGGGAUAUGUCGAUAUUAGUGAAGAUGGAGUGAUCAGCGCUUUAGAUGAAUCGAAUAAGCUAUACACGCUCGAAAUUUCCUCUCUUUCCUCGCCUACCUCACCUCUCACCUUAGUCCACCCCUCAUCCACCUCAGUCCUCUUAUCAUUACCCACAACCGGCAAACCUUUGAUCCUGUUACCUACACCUCACCCAACACCCUCUUUACUCCUUGCGAUUCCACUAUCUACCUUGCCCGCCGUACUCUCCUCCACGUCAAUCUCAUCAUUCACCUCUACUGGAACUAUCGAGCACCUUUCCAUCCUCUCUAGGAAGAACGGGAUAUUGACCGUCGGACUCGUUCUAAGUCAUCUGAACAGUGACGGACAAUCUGGACGGAGUGUCAUAUACACUACGGAAGUGGUAGUUCCUCCGAAAGGGAUCGGGAUGGGUAGUCUCUUAGGUACCAAGGAGAAAACUCAGCUGUACCUCUCGACCUCUGCUGCGAUUACACAUAAAUCAGAUGGUCAAGGAGAGGAAGAGAAAGUGAUAAAGAAGGUUUCCGAGUCGAUCAACAAAAAUCAACCCAGUCAAGCUGAAAAUGCACUCAAAGGGUUCUUGUCUAAGGGUGAUUCGACCAGUAUUUCAGAAAGUUUCGUUAGGAAGAUCGUCAAUGUUGUUUUCUCCGAAGCGAUCAACGAUGAAGGUAAAUACAAGGGAACGUAUUCUCCUGGCAUCAUCAGGUUAUUGUUGGAAAGGGGUCUGGUUAAUGAUUCGAUGUGGAAAGCAAGUUUGGUUGGUGAAGGUUUAUUACCUUGUGGUGAUUGGGAUAAUAUCAUCAUGUGUUUCAAGAACUUUCGAACCAUAUAUUCUCUCACACUCGUCAAACUCAUCUCAUCAUCUUUACAUCCCUCAACUAACGAUAAAAACGCACCUGCUUUAUCAAAAUUACUAUACUUGAUCUUAUCAUCUCCGCCAGCUCCUACAUUCCGAUUGGACUUACGUCAGAACCUAUCUGUAGAAGAUGCUACAAUGGUAUUGGAACAAUUACUCAAAUGGGCUCAGUGGCAUGUCAACACUCGCGGCGAAGUUCUAAGAGGGUGGGACGCAGAUACAGCCUGGGAAACCCAGCUUUUAUCUGAAGUUGAGGGAACUCCAAGCUUAAAUUCGGUAAUCGCAUAUUCAUCAUUAUUGCUCGAUUCGCACCUACCUUUAUUCCUAUCAUAUGAACCUUCCCAUCACUUGUUAGAAGGGUUGAACGAAGCUUUAGAACCUUUGUUGGAAGUUCAGAAUGAAUAUAAGACGUUGAGAGGUCCCAUAGAAGCUGUGUUGAUAUUGGCUAAAAGGGAGGAAAUGAAUGAGAAGGAAAAACAAUCCAAAUCCAAGACCAAGAAGGAAGGGGGUCAGGGACAGGGAAAGAGGUUGAUGGAUGAGAAGAUUGGGAAGUGGAAGGUUGAAGAUUUGGUAUUUUAG